CGAGCGACCCGCAGUGCAGUAGCUACACCGAACAACGCCUAGCGAUAAGGGCAGCAACAGGGUUUGUAAUAACUCGCCGCCGAAGUCAGGAUGUUUCUUGCGCUUCUUUUUGUUUCCACGGCUGUGGCAACCCCACUGCUGGGCACAGAGCAAUGUGCCCGUGGCCCCCCCUACUGGUGCCAAAAUGUCAAGACAGCCUCCCUUUGUGGAGCAGUGCCCCACUGCCAACAGAAUGUGUGGAGCCAGCCUCAGAUGAAAUCUGUGCCAUGUGAUUUAUGCAGAGAGGUGGUGAUUGUGGUGGACCAGCUACUCAAGGAAAACUCCACAGAAUCUGAGCUUCUGGGCUACAUGGAGAAAACCUGCCAGCUGAUUCCAGAUGAGGACCUGGCUACAGAGUGCAAGGAGAUGGUGGACAAUUACUACCCCAUCCUCAUGGGCAUCAUUAAAGGAGAGCUGGAGGACCCAAGCGUGGUGUGUGGUGCCCUCGGCCUGUGCGUGACUCAGCAGGAGGGCCUCGCCAAAGCUCAGCUCGUGUCUAAUGAGAUUCCCCAGGUAGACCUGUCCCAGCGCAUCAGCCCCAUGUUGCUCAACAUCCCUCAGCUCCUCUUUCCUGAGGAGGCAGCCAAUAAAGAGGAGACAGAUGCCCUUGAAGAGGCAACUGGAGACGUGUGUGCAUCCUGCGUGCAGUUUAUCACUGACUUUCAGAACGAAGCCAAAGGCAACGCCACCUUUGUCAAUUCUUUGAUCACGGAGCUGGAGAGCCAGUGUGAACUGUUGGGGCCUGGCUUGUGCGACAUGUGCAAGCAGUACGUGAGCCAGUAUGGUUCUCUUGUAAUUCAGCAGCUCAUGUCUAUGGAGGAGCAACCGAAAGACAUCUGCACCCGCAUUGGUGUCUGUUCCUCCAGCCCCAUGCCCAUGUACACGCUGGUGGCAGCCAAAUCCAUCCCCCUGGUGAAAACUGUCCCUGCGACUAAAGUGGUUGAGGCCACCUCUCUCAAGUCUGCAAAGAAGAUGGUGCGUGCACGUGAACCCCCUCAGUGUGCCAUCUGUGAGUUUGUGAUGAGGGAGCUGGAGAAUAUGAUCCAGGAUCAUACCACUGAGGAGGAAGUGGUGCAGGCUGUGGAGAAAGUGUGCAACAUCCUGCCAUCUACACUUACUGCCCAGUGCAAGGACCUGAUUGAGACCUACGGCCAGGCGAUCAUCGAGCUGAUCAUGCAGGCUGCCGACCCCAAGUCUGUUUGCGUCGUGCUGGGGCUCUGCAAUGGGGCAGGCCGCACCCUUAUCCCUGUGAUGGAGAAGGCAGAGUUCGAGGCUGGCGGCUUCUGUGACGUGUGCAAGAUGGCUGUGCGCUAUGUGGACAGGCUCCUGGAGAAGAAUGCCACCCAGGCUGAAAUUGAGGAGGCUGUGAAGAAAGUCUGUAACUUCCUGCCGGAUGAGUACAAGACUCAGUGUGACCAGCUGGUUGAGCAGUAUGAGCCUAUGCUGGUGGAGCUGUUGCUCCAGACCCUGGACCCUGACUUUGUCUGCAUGAAGCUGGGCGCGUGUCCCGAGGUAGUGCAGAAGCUUCUGGGCCUUGAGCAGUGCAGCUGGGGACCCUCUUUCUGGUGCAAGAACUUGGAAACGGCCUCCCUCUGCAACGCGGUGGAUCACUGCAAGCGCCAUGUUUGGAGUUAGAGGUGCUGUGUGCCCAAACUGACCUGAGGAGCUAAAGGAGAAUUUCUGUAGUGCUGCUUUCCCCUGUUUUAAAACAAAAUGUCCUCCUGUGGGAGGGGUUCUUAAACUAAAUAAUGGAUUAAAGUGCAACAAUUUAAUUUAGUUUUGGGGAAGAGGAGGGCUACUGCUUGGGAGUUUUAUAUUCAGGAGGUGGGGUCUGAAGAAUGAGAGGGGUUUUACUGACAAGAGGAGUAGAAGUGGUUUAUUCACCAAGUUUCAACUGCUGAUUUGCUCUAAAGUCUGUGAAUGUUUGCUGUUUUCCGCCAAGACAGUUUCUUUUAUUUGCACACAAUGUUUGUAAUGGGGGUGGGGGGUGGGGGUGAAGAAUUGGUGACUUGAGUGAGGGGGUCAGGACAUUUAUUGGGCUUUUAAUGUAAAACCCCUCCCUCUGCACUCUAACUGCAACUACUCCUUAUGCCGGAACCAAUUUAGGAGCUUUUGUUUGUCUGGUUUCAGUGACAUUUCAAUGUUGAUUCUCAAUAUUUUGAAAUGAUUUUGCAUUGAGGGCAGGAAAAAUCUCAAAUAGCUGUCCUGUUAACCCAGACC